ACAUAUACGAGGGAAUAUACAAAAAGCCGGGCCGCGGCCCAGUACCGGGCCAUGCUGGCCCUGCUGGUGGGCCCCGAACUGACUUGCCCCUCACUGCAUGCUCUGACUGGCCUACUGCUCCACACAUAAGGAAUACCAGGCAGACCUGUCAGAGUGCCAUUGCACAUGCCUGUGUGCACUGUGCACAUGUAGCAGCAUUUCAGUGGUAGGACAAGGAGAAGAUGGGGCUGACCCUAGACACUGCAGGCUGUAUGGAUGUGCUGUGUACUUAAGCCUAUUGCCCCCAUACAGAAUGGAGACUGCUAAGCGUGUUCUAGUUUAUCUGAGCAAGGAGAAUUCUCCACUGUGGCGUGCAAAGUUUGUACAGGGGGUUUUAGGAAUUUUUGCUGGCAAUCAGGAAGACAAUGUAUUUGUCAGCUGUGGACUGGAGAAGAAUAAAUUUGUCAUAUCAGAUAAUCAGUUCAGUGGCUCUUACAGAGUUAAUUUUCAGAGACCUUCAUUUUGUCCUAUCAAGAAUUUAACCUCAAUCCAAGUUGCCUCUCUCCCUGAAGAAGUCCAAAAUAGGGGUGUGGAUGUUGGAGUUGCUGUGAUUGUGCAGUCAGUCAAUAAAAAGAUUCUUCUAACCAGAAGAUCCAAGACGCUCAACAUCUUCCCAAAUGUUUGGGUACCUCCAGGUGGACACAUCGAAGAUGGAGAAGAGUUGCUGCAGGCCGGAUUGCGAGAGCUUCACGAAGAGACUGGAUUACAUCUGCAGGAAGGGCAUUUCUCCUGGAGUAUUCUUGGGCUUUGGGAGUCAGCUUUCCCUCCCAUGCUGAGUCGCGGACUGCCCAAGCGUCACCAUAUUGUUACUUACUUGCUGGUUCAGUCUACUGAAACACAUCUGCAGCUGCAGGAGAGACUCUAUCCAGAUGAGCAGGAGGUCACAGCUUGUGCCUGGCUAGACUCAGAUAUAGUAAAGCAUAUUGCUGCAGUAGAAGACAGAAUAAAGAAUUCUGGGAAGGACAUGAGCAACCUACCUACUACUGUCAGGAUCACAGAGGUGAAUUCCGGGUCCCUUACCCAAACUGAUCUAAGCACAGCAACCUUCUUCAACACUGUUCCUGAAGAUGGGGAGGACGUAGAACGUGUUAGCACUGGUACAAAUUAUGCACUCAGAUUGUGGUUGGACACCUUAUCAACAGAGACCUUAUAAAACAUAUUUUCCCAUCACCAACAAACCCCUUUUCAAAACAGAUUACAUUUUGUAUGUAGAGAAAAGACAGAAAAGUGUUUAAAUAAAUAAAGCUUAUAUUUAUUUCCGUUUA